GUGGUGUGCAGCUGUUUCCAAAUAAGUUAAGAAAGCAGUGACAAGCGACAAGUUUAGGUUAACCCAAAAAAUUAAAUUUUGUUCAACAAUUUGGUGUUAUGUGUUGAAUAGUGUUUAAUUAGAAUAUAAGGCAAAUUGAGUUGUUAACCCAGGAGGACUCUGAAGCGUUUUUACGUGAGACGCUUUCCUUGGAAAAUGCAUUGUUCUUACGUAUAGUGGCAUUUUGAUGGUUUUUAACAAAAAAGUGAAUAAAAAUGUCAACUGUAGAAAAAUCCAACGCGUUUCCACGUGUGACAUUUUCCUUGAAAAAUCGAUUAUUUCUACAUGUUGUUAAUCAUUUUGAACGACUUCGUUCACUGAGCUUCCCUUUUGACUGUGAGACGGCUAAUAUUGAAAAUUAUUACUGCAAUUAUUGCAAUUUUGAAACAGAACUGGUACUUGUUUUCAAACAGCACCUAGAAGAGUAUCAUAGCGUUAAAAGGAGCCACAAAGAUGUGAUAAUUGGAAAACACCAUAUUCGAACAUAUGUUUGUGAAAAAUGUAGCUUUGAAACAAAUUUUUUGAUAAAGUGGCGUCAACAUACUAGACAAUGCGUAGGAGAGGAAAAAAGUAUUCAAAUGUACAGAUGUGAUGAGUGUGGAAACAUGUAUAAACAGAAACACUUUUUAAAGGAACAUAAAAUUUUGAAACACCUUAAUGAUGAUGAAACACAAUGGUACCACUGCGCCAACUGCCCAUUCAAAGCUAAACACAAAAACCCACUAAAAAGACACAUGAAGACACGCCAUCAGAAGGAAAGUGAUAUUAAAUGGUAUGAAUGCAAGGAAUGUACGUACAAAUUUAAGAAGUUAUCAGAUUUGAAACGACACAUAAAUGCCACCCAUUUGAAUGAACAAGAUGUUAAAUGGUAUGAAUGCAAAAAGUGCCAGUUCAAAAGUAAACAUAAACAGUCAUUAAAAACUCACAUACUUUUACAGCAUUCAGAUGAAAAGAAUAUUAAGUGGUAUAAAUGUGAAAAAUGUCUAUAUAAAACUAAAUAUAUAACAAAUUUAAACGUUCACAUGAUAAUUCAUCAUUUAGAUAAACAGAAUAUUAAAUGGUAUGAGUGUAAAGAAUGUUCAUAUAAAACUAGAUUGGAAUCACAUUUAAAAGUUCAUGUGAAGAAGCACCAUUUAGGUGAACAGGAUGUUACAUGGUAUGAAUGUAAAGAAUGUCCAUAUAAAGCUAAAUUCAAAUCAUAUUUAAAAUCUCAUACAAAUAGAUGUCAUUUAGGUGAACAGGAUAUUAAAUGGUAUGAAUGUAAAGAAUGUUCAUAUAAAGCUAAAUGCCACUCAUAUUUAAGGUUUCACAUGAAAAUGCAUCAUUCAAAACAGCAGGAUGUCAAAUGGUAUGAAUGUGAAGAAUGUUCAUAUAAAGCUAAAUUGAAAGCAUAUUUAAGAGCUCACAUGAGAGUACGUCAUUCAGCUGAACAGGAUGUUACAUGGUAUGAAUGUGAAAAAUGUUCAUAUAAAGGUAAAUUCAAAGCAUAUUUAAAAAAUCACAUGGAAAGGUGUCAUUCAGAUGAACAGAAUGUUAAAUUGUAUGAAUGUAAAGAAUGUUUAUAUCAAGCUAAAUGCAAACCAUAUUUAAAAUCUCACAUGAAAAGAUGUCAUUUAAGUGAACGGAAUGUUAAGUGGUAUGAAUGUAAAGAUUGUUCAUAUAAAGCUAAGUGCGAAUCAUAUUUAAAACUUCACAUGAAAAUGCAUAAUUUAGAUGAGCAGAAUGUUAGUUCGUAUGAAUGUACACAAUGUUCAUAUAAAGCUGAAUUCAAAUCAUCUUUAAUAAUUCACAUGAAAUGGCAUAAUUUAGAUGAACAGAAUGUUAAAUGGUAUGAAUGCAAGGAAUGUUCAUACAAAGCUAAAAGCGAAUCACAUUUAGAAAUUCAUAUGAAAACCCAUCGUUCAAAUGAACAAUUAGUAAAACUGUUUGAAUGUGAUGAAUGUUCAUAUACAACUAAAUCCAAAUCAAAUUUAAAACUUCACGUGAAAGUGCAUGAUUCAGAUGAACAGAAUGUUAAAAAGUAUGAAUGUCAUCAAUGUUCAUAUAAAGGUAAAUGCAAAUCAUAUUUAGCAACUCAUAUAAAAAGGCAGCAUUUAGAUCAACGGGAGGGUAAACAGUAUGAAUGUGAAAAGUGUCCAUUCAAAGCUAAAAAUCCGACUUCUUUAAGAUUGCACAUAAAUUCGGAACAUGGUGGCGAAGAGAAACUUGAAUCUUAUAAAUGUGAAAAGUGUCCUUACAAAACUAAAUACAAAGCAUGUUUAACAACUCACACAAAUAAAGCCCAUUUAAAUAAAUAAGUCAGUAAUUGUAUCACUGCAAAAAGUGCCCGCUCAUUACUUUUAAAACCCACUAUUCUUUCAAAAAUCACAUAAUUUUGCAGCAUGGUGAUGAAGAGACUGUUAAAUGAUACGCAACAUACGUUACAUAAAUAAACCCCAUUAAUAUUAGUUAGUAUAAAUUUAAACUUCGUUUUUAUUAAAAGUAAAAAAUACACUAUAUUUGGAAAGACAAUAAAUUAAUGGUUUGAAUACAAAUAGUUUUUUUAUAAGACAAAUGGAGUUCUGGCAGAAUUAUGUUUUAGAAUCUAAAAGCUAAACUUUCGUUAAUAGAUUAACUAGUAAGUGUUCUUUCUAUAAAAAAAAAAAAACUAAAUUGGAAAAAAUAUCAACAGUGAUGAUUUUUGAACAUUUUUAUAAAUUUAUGUAGAU